CAGAAGGAUUUUAUGGUUCAAAUUCUAAUUACACUGCAACAAAACUAGUUUUUUUCGCAUUGUAUAAGCGAUCGGUCACUGAAACUUCCAGCGUUUUGGCUCUAUUACACACAAUUAAGAACCGGUUUACAUCAUCACAGAUCAAGAAAAAUUUCUGAUAUAUCGAAUUAAUGACGUCGAAUAAACGCAAAUUCCAUCGACCGAACAUCCCUUAAGCAUAAACAAUUUCAUUAACGCGUUAUCAAUAGACACGUGAUAAAAAAAAAUUCAAACGACGCCAUUUUUAUAAUGGUCAUCGCUACGUGACGUAGAGUUACUCUGAACAGAUUACGUAAAUAAGUUGAAAGUUCAUACGAUUAUUAAAGGGUCAGAAUGUACAUAAAGGAGAGUUGCAGCAGCAGCAGCAUCGAAGUUAACCUAAAAACACUGGACACCUUCCUGAAUGAAAACCGAGAGGAAAUUAACCUACAGGAACUUUCUUUAGCGGAAUUUAUCGAAUGUUACAGGAAGUCGGAGUUAAUGGAGUCAUUUUUAAACGUUGGCAACUAAAAAAAAUGGCAGUUCGACUUGUUUUCUAGCUGCUAAAAUUGUCAUUUAAUGUAUCUGACGUGCAGAGAGUAAGUACAGUAUAGGCCUUAUAAUUACAGUAGUACAGUAACCGUUGCGUUGUUAGAUUUAAGGUACAGUACAUUAAAAAGUUCAUGCAACUUAUUUAUUAACUUAAUUAUAAAAAUUUAUCAUCUAACUAAUUAUAAAACACUGCGUAUGGUGACACGGGAAGUCGUUAUUGUUAUUCAAAUUGUUAUUCUAUUGAAAUUUUAUAUCCGUAGAAGUAUUCGGGAUUGAAUAUAUGAUACCUCACCUAUAUACAAUUGUAUAUAAACCAGCAUUGAAAGCUAUACACUUGUAUGUUCGAUGUACAGUACACUAUACACGUCAAACAAAAAAAUAAAGACUUCCUACAGAACGUCAUCGGGUACCGGUUACGUCAUAUUCAACUGGUUGGUUGUUGCAGCUGCAUCCAGACUCUCCAACUUUGCAAGCCACAGGGGUCAAAGAGAAAUUUAAAGAUGCCUCUAACAUUCUUUCAAGAUUUAAAAAAUAAACAGUUGUUACCAAUCAAACUGUUGCUAUUUCUUCAGGCUGCAGGUGACAUGGCUCUAUAUCCUUUUAUAACUUUACACAUGAAGUAUCUCGGGAUAAGUGUUACCGAUAUUGGCAUUCAGUUCGCCGUCUCUCCGGUUGCCACGCUGAUUGCGACUCCUCUUGUUGGUCUUCUAGCUGACAAGAUAGGAAACUUUAAAAUAAUGUUGAGCAUUUCGCUAAUUCUGUGCGCUGUAGUCUCUCAGCUUUUCAUGCUGGUGCCAGCAGUCGAGACUAUAACUUUACCCAGCAAAGAAAUUUUCUUGGCCUGCAAUUUUACCGAAUAUGAAAGACCUCUGUUAUCAGUGGAUCACCUGGACGACGAAGAGACAUUUGUCGGAUGCAAAAUGUCUUGCAGACACCAUAAUUCGACGAGUUUCAACUUAUGCUUUGUCAGUUCUACUAGGAAAGUUUGUAUUUCUGAUGCCAAUUUUGAUUUUGGUAUUUCUAACCGGAGUGUGGAUAGAGAAUUCUUUUUUAACAACAACACUUAUAACAUGAUUACAUGUUCAGUUAACAGUAAUUGGACUUUGUGUGGUGUGGAAUGUUUACAAAUUAGAAACAAUACCAUAGUGGACACUAAAUCAAAGGCAAUUACCUUUUGGUCCUAUCUGUUAAUAAGAGUGGGAUUAUUUGUGAUUAUAGCUACAGAAAUGAGUUUAUUAAAAGCAGCUAUUUUGACUAUUUUAGAUAAAGUUGAUUCGGAUUACGGUUUUCAACGUCUCUGGGCAUCUGUUGCAGUCUGUGUAGUUCCACCCAUAACUGGGAUAAUUAUGGAUCAACUGCAAAAAGGUGACGUACAAGUCUAUGCACCGUGCUUCUAUAUAUAUGGCGGAAUGAAAGUUUUAAUGGCAAUUAUAGCGUUAAUUGUCAGUUUGGACGUCAAGCCUCCUACUUUACACGUGUGGAAAAACUUGGGUAAACUAUUAAAGAAUGUAGAAGUCGACACACUCCUCUUUUAUUGUACUUUUAUAGGAAGCUGUUGGGGUUUUCUGGAGACUUUCUUCCUCUGGUUCAUGGAAGGUUUGGGUGCCAGUAAGUCCUUAAUGGGGCUGACUUUUACAGUGGGUGCAGUCUCUGGCAUACCCGUAACACUUAUCGCCGGAGCACUGGCUAGAAAAUUGGGUCACGUGCCAUUAAUAGUGUUCGGACUGAUAGUGUAUUGUGGGAGGUUUAUCGGAUAUUCAUUCAUAGAAACACCUUACGAAGCAUUAGGACUCGAAGCCCUGGAGUGUAUAACUAUGGGACUUAUGAUGAUAACUUUAACGACUUAUGCCAAUCUGCUGGCUGGAAAUGAAUUAGUUGCAACUAUGCAGGCAACGUGGGCUUCAUUACAUUUUUCUGUUGGUCGAGCAUUAGGAAGUGUAAUAGGAGGAUUUUUAAUGGAACAAUUUGGAACAAGAAAAACAUAUCAAAUAUUUGCUGCGUCGUGUGCAACUAUGGGUGCAUUGUACCUUUUAAUUUAUAAAAUAUGGUUUGCAAAGAAUCAUCAAAAAGAUAAACCCAAAGAGGAGACAGAACACGAGAAAACUAAAUUAGGAAAAGAUGUAUCAUUAGCACUAGCUAACAUUAUAACAGAGGAGAAAAAGUCACUGGAAAAACAAUCUGAUUCUCAUAUAGAAAAAAAUUCUUUAGAUAAAGUCAAUCAGAAAAAUACGGGAAAAAAUAAUUUGGCGUUCGAGAGCACCGAUCUAUAGAUCGUGCCGUCGUGUUCGGUCACAAAAAAAUUAUCAAAUUUGAUUAUCCAAACAUGUGAUAUUUUAUAAUAAUAAAAAAAAAAUGAUUGUAACAUUGUAAUAACAUUUUUAAAACUAUUUAUAUAGCUUAAAAACAUA